CUCGAUGCCGCCCGCCCUGAAUCCCUGACUCCCUGCCGCAGCUGUUUGCCGAAGUCAGCAGUGGCAUCAACACGUUCCUGAAGCAGCCCAUGAGCGAGGAUGCCCUCAUCUCUCGUUUCUUUGGCUCGUCCAACGUCAUCUGGACCAACGGCGACGACUGGAAGCGCCAGACCGCCAUCCUCCGCAACGCGUUCAAUACCAUACCCGUCGAUGUCUUCGUCGGCCUCUGCAAGAACCUCUUCGAGGUCAUCGAGUCCACCCAAACUCACUCCCUGUCGCAGCCAUCGCCAUCAGAUCCACUCCCGCUCUACUCGGAGAAGAGUCCCCAUGCCGACUCGUCACACACCGUUGACUGGUCCGACCUCUCUCAGCGCCUCACCCUCGAUGCUGUAGGCUGCUCCAUCAUGGGGUACAACUACGACUCUCUCCGCACCGCAUCGCCCUUUGUGACCGCAUACAACCGUCUCAUGGAAGAUAUCGCACAUCCGCUGUACCUCAUGCUCCCUGCGCUCGAGCGGAUACUGCCACGCAAGGAGGCAAACGCGCGGAUGGAGAAGCUGUCGAGGGAGCUGUGCGAGCUACUGAAUGCCAAGCGGAAAGACCCGGGGCAGGACAUCAUGACGUUCAUGGUGAAUGACCCCGAGUUGACUUCAAAGGAGCUGCAGGAUAACAUGACGGCACUGUUCCUUGCAGGUCACGACACGACGACAAGUGUCCUUGCCACCCUCGUCUACUACCUCGCCCGGCACCCCGAGAUCCAGUCCAAAGCUCGCGAAGAGGUCACCCGCGUCUUCGCCUCACACGGCGUCUCGGAACCAGAAGACAUCUCUGUAGUCACAUCCCAAUCCCUGCCCUACCUCACCGCAUGCGUCAAAGAAACGAUGCGCAUACAGCCCCCGGGCACCUACAUCACACCGCGUAUCUCGCCCGGUGUCGUCCUCGGUGGGCAGUACAUCCCGCCCGGCGUGCUCAUCGUGCCCAACAUCUACGCGAUCCACCAUUCGAGCGCGAUCUGGCGCGAUCCGGAUGUGUUCCGCCCGGAGCGGUUCACCGAGUCACCAUCGACGAGCGCGUCGACGACGGGGGCGACGUUCGGCAGUGCGAACGGCGUGGGGUCGUCGGGAAGAGAACCGUGGCUGCCGUUCUCGUCUGGGCCGCGGGUGUGUCCGGCGCACAACUUCUCGCAGUACGAGCUACGCAUUAUCGCUGCGAUGCUGCUGCUGCGGUAUGAGUGGCGGCUCCCGCCCGGCUCGUCGCAUGCGGACAGGCUGAAGAACGCGUUCUCGAGUCUGGGGAUGCUUAUCCCUGAGCAUCUGGAUAUUACGUUCACGCGGCGGGCGGAUUCUGUUAUCGGACGUUGACGCUGGCGUCGGGCGCUUUGAAAAGGCCUUUAGUUGGGCCGCCAUCUUUCGUAUCCUUAUCUCGCUUAUACCUUCUGAUUCUUCCCAUUCCCAUAUCCUCACAGCGCCCCACGCGCCUCGCGCGUUUCUUUGCUGUCCUGCACACCACCACCCACCUCGCGGGACCACAAUCACCCGUUCUUCAUCAUCAGUUCCCGUUACCCAAGUCUAUUCAUCGCGCAUCCAU